AUGGACCACACUAGCGACUUAACUACCGAGCAUAACGAUGUAUUAGCUUCUACCGACCAGCGCACCAAGAGCCGCCUGCGUGCGAAGCGACUGUACUACAAGAAGCGGAAUCUGCUAGAAGAUCUUCAGCGUGAUGCUGACAUCUUGGGAGCUAAGUAUGAGCAACUUCUGGCUGUCCAUCAUGAGCAAAGCGCACAACCAACGCCUGAUACUACUGCACAAAUUUUAAGCAACACCACACAUCAUGCAUAUGUGCAACUAUCGCGGGUGAAGAGCGUCUUGGCCAAAGAGAAUGAAGAGCUCAGACGUUUGCAUGCCACGUAUGUGAACAUAGAGCGACAGAUUUCUCAUCUAGCGGCUGCACAAACGAAAGCUCUGCUUUUAGCAAAAGAGGAGCAAGAAUACAAGCGAAAAAAUCCUGUGCUUAAAGUGAACUCGCUCACACAAGACCAAUGUGCCGAAAUUGCAAGGAAGUCGUAUCUGGAGAUCAAAUUAUUUCGAGCGAACGAGUCGUGCUUCUCGACAGGUACAAGUGUAUUGGGUUGGCGAGAUCGACACAUGUUACGCCAGAAUAAACUCAUGUUUUCCUUAGAAAAAACAUUUCAUGGACGAGCUAUGGACAUGAUGGCGAUGAAUCUUUGGGAAAUUUUGUCGUUGCCAGAGCCAAUUGUAAUCAUGCGUCCCCGAGAUGCCAAAGUGCACUUUCAUGUCGUGCAACGGCUUGAUAAAGACGCAGUCGUCUACUACUAUACUCUGGAGCGCGAGGACACAGACGUUCGUAUUCGAGCAUUCAUCUUGGCCAUGCGUGUAGACCUUGGGGAGGAUGGAUGUAUGGUAGUUCUUCGCAGCCUCGAUCCAAAGACUUAUCUUGAGCAUGAUGGAGACUGCACAGCACCGGUCCGUCGUGGACGUCGCAAGGUGGAGCCGCACAAAGAAAACUUUUGGCUUGAUGUAUUUGUGUGGAGCUUUUACGAGUAUGCAGGUGAGCAAGGUGAAGAUUGUAAGCAGACUUUUGGUGGAGAAAUCGAAGGUACAGCACUCGCAAGUACUGGGUGGUGGUCCAUUGAAAUAUUGGAGAUGGCUCUGCGAAUGGAAAGCCGGGGAAUAGGUUCUCGCGGCUUGCUGCGAUGGUAA